AUGCGCAACUGGAGAUAUCCUCGGGUGAAAAAGCUGUACUCGACGUACGGGAGCCAGCAGCGGAUGGACAUCGGCCACCCGCUCCUUCGGGCGCUGCGCCAGGCAGAGCAGGCCCACACCGCCGCCGUGCCCCGGCCCCGGGUGAGACGAUUUCUGACGCUCAGAUCGCUGAUACCCCGCAUCCCCCGCCCGCUGCGCCAGGUGUUUUACCGCAUCCCGGGGCUGAAGGUGUUGCCGUAUAUCUUCAUCCCCCUGCGAUCGUUCCACCUGGCGAAAAACACCACCCGCAGCUUGAAGCAGCGCUUUUUCUCGCUGGAGGCGCGCCAGAAGCGCCAGCAGAAGCGCAAGUUCAUCAAGUGGUGGACGUUGACGCUGUUGACGGUGGUGUUGGGGCUGGUCGCCGCCAAGAUCUGCUACGAGCGCGGCGAGACCUUUGACGACGACGAGUUGUACGACAAGUACCGCAUCAAGCCCAAGUCGUGGCACUUGUACAUGUACCUGACGUUACCGUUAAAGGCGAUCUCGCGUAUCUGGGGCCAGGUCAACUCGAUCAAUUUGCCCGUGUGGGUGCGGCUGCCGCUGUACCGCCUCUACCUGAUGAUAUUCGGCGUCAACUUGGACGAGAUGAACGAGCCCGAUCUAACUACUUACCCUAAUUUGGGCGAGUUCUUUUACCGAGAGCUUAAGCCGGGAGUGCGCCCCGUGGCCGAAGACGACUUGGUGUCGCCCUCCGACGGCAAGGUGCUAUCUUUUGGUGUAAUUAACGACGGCGAAAUCGAACAGGUGAAGGGGAUGACGUACUCGGUCGACGCCCUCUUGGGGCUCAAGCGGACGCGGUUGGCGGCGCCGUCGCACGCGCUCGACUUCGGCGACGGCGACGACGAGACCAUCCACUCGCGUCACCAGGAGUUUGCCGACAGCAACGGCAUCUCCUACACCAUGGACGACUUUGUUGGUGGCGACGACGAGUCGCAGCACCUGAACGAACUUGCGUACAUGGACAACGGCGACGGUACCGCCGAGGUGCCCCUGAAGCAAAAGGAGAUGGCGGUGGCGCGCAAGUUGGUCCCCGCCGACUUGAAGGCACUGGAAGACAAGCAGGUGUACUACUGCGUCAUCUACCUUGCUCCUGGCGACUACCACCGCUACCACUCCCCCACCAACUGGGUGGCGACGUUGAGACGCCACUUCAUCGGCGAGCUCUUCUCGGUGGCGCCGUUCUUCCAGAAAACUCUCCAGGGCUUGUUUGUGUUGAACGAGCGGGUGGCGCUUCUCGGCUACUGGAAGUACGGCUUCUUCUCCAUGGUCCCCGUCGGCGCCACCAACGUCGGCUCCAUCGUUGUCAACUUCGACAAGGACUUGAAGACCAACACCAAGUACGAGUCCGAUCACUACCAGAAGAUCGCCGACGAAACUAGCCCCCUCCUCUCGCUGGAUACCGACCUGGAGGCGACGCUAGUGUCGAACCUGUCCCUGGCGUCGGCGAAGAAGAAGAAGUUGAAGAAGAACGCCGUGUACGAGGCCACUUAUACCAACGCCUCGAAGUUGUUGGGCGGCGUCCCGUUGUCGAAGGGCCAAGAAGUCGGUGGGUUUAAGUUAGGCUCCACCGUGGUGUUGGUGUUUGAAGCGCCGGCGAAUUACCGCUUCAACUUGCACGAGGGGCAAAAGGUCAAAAUGGGCCAAUCUUUGGGAAGCUUUGUACAGAGAUCUUAG